ACAGUGGAGAAGCUCAGGAAAACAAAGCGUGUUCCAAAGAGCAGCCAUGUCCGCCCUGUACCCGUCUCUGGAGGACCUGAAGGUGGACCAAGCCAUGCAGGCCGUGGCCAGAGCCGUACCCAGGAUGCCCGCCCUGCCGGGGCAGGGAGCAGACUCCCAGCCUUCAGUUUUGUACCCAAACUUGGCGGAAUUGGAAAGUUACAUGGGUCUUUCGUUCUCCAGCCACGAAGUCCAGCAGAACCUGUCUCAGAUUCCAGAAGGUGCCAGUGCAGCGGUCUCGGGCCCCUCACCGGACCAGGUGGUGGCGCCGGUGUCCGGGAACAGCAUGGGCGUGCUGCCUGGGGAGGUCAAGCCUGGGGUGCGCGAGAUCCACCUGUACAAGGACGAGCGCGGCAAGACGGGGCUGCGGCUGCGGGCCAUCGACAAGGGGCUCUUUGUGCAGCUGGUCCAGGCCAACACCCCCGCGUCCCUGGUGGGGCUGCACUUCGGGGACCAGAUCCUGCAGAUUGACGGGCGCAACUGUGUCGGGUGGAGCACAGGCAAAGCCCACCGGGUGGUGAAGAAGGCGUCAGCUGAGAAGAUUGUCAUGGUUGUUCGGGACAGGACAUUCCAGCGGAUCGUCACCAUGCACAAGGACAGCACAGGCCACGUCGGCUUCGCCAUCAAGAAGGGGAAGUUCAUCUCUUUGGUCAAAGGGAGUUCUGCGGCCCGCAAUGGGCUCCUCAUCAACCACUACGUGUGCGAGGUGAACGGGCAGAACGUCAUUGGGCUGAAGGACAAAGAAGUCAUGGAGAUUCUGGCCACAGCCGGGAACGUCAUCAACCUGGCCAUCAUCCCCACUGUGAUCUAUGAGCACAUGGUCAGAAAGUUGUCCCCAACCCUGCUCCACCACACCAUGGACCACACCAUCCCUGACAUCUGAAGCCACGGGAGAGCAGCUCAGCCCUCUCACCCUCCAGCAAGAAAGGGAGAGUCCUCAGGGGACAGGCUGUGGAGGCCUGCUGCCUGGGGGCGGGGCUGUCUCGAGGUGGGCGUGUUCUGAGUGGGGCAACAUUGGAUCACAUGGGCCUGUCAUUUAUACACACUGGCCUCCUUGGAGCCUCAGCCUCUUAACUGGGCUAAGGCAGGGGCAGGGCCCACAGGCAGUGAUUCUCUGAGCCGAUUUAAAUGCUGGGCACGUAGGCAGGCCGACUAAACAUUUCCUAAAGUUGCAGCUGGGUCCCUUUCAAAAUUUUGCCUCUACCAGUAAAACAUUUCCACGGUUUGAGAGAACAAAUACAUUUUUUUGUGAGAAUUGUUU